AUGAGUCUCAAGUUUGAUGCGGGCGCAGCAGAGGCAGCAGCGGGAGCCCGGCUGGGGCGGCAGCGGCGCCGAGGCAGGGGCCGGCGAAGUAUGGCUGAGCAGCGGGCACCCCCGGGGGCGUCCGGGCACGGCCGGGAAGUUCGCGGCGGGGAGACGGCGGCGGGCGGCAGGAAGAGGAGCAGCAGCAGCCGCCCCAGCUGGUGUCUCCGGCUCCUGCUGCUGCUGUGGGCGGAGGCUCCGGUGCUGCCUGCCCGGGGCCAGCCCCAGCAGUACAACGGCGAGCGGGGCAUCUCCAUCCCGGACCACGGCUACUGCCAGCCCAUCUCCAUCCCGCUGUGCACGGACAUCGCCUACAACCAGACCAUCAUGCCCAACCUGCUGGGCCACACCAACCAGGAGGACGCCGGGCUGGAGGUGCACCAGUUCUACCCGCUCGUCAAGGUGCAGUGCUCGGCCGAGCUCAAGUUCUUCCUGUGCUCCAUGUACGCGCCCGUGUGCACGGUGCUGGAGCAGGCGCUGCCGCCCUGCCGCUCCCUGUGCGAGCGGGCGCGCCUGGGCUGCGAGGCGCUCAUGAACAAGUUCGGCUUCCAGUGGCCCGACACGCUGCGCUGCGAGAAGUUCCCCGUGCACGGCGCCGGCGAGCUGUGCGUGGGGCAGAACACCUCCGAGCGCGGCACCCCCACGCCCUCGCUGCUGCCCGAGCUCUGGACCAGCAACCCCCAGCAGCGCGGCGCGGGGCCGGCGGGCGGUGAGCGGGGCGGCCGCUUCGCCUGCCCGCGGGCGCUCAAGGUGCCCUCCUACCUGAACUACCGCUUCCUCGGGGAGAAGGACUGCGGCGCCCCCUGCGAGCCCGGCCGCCUCUACGGGCUCAUGUACUUCGGGCCCGAGGAGCUGCGCUUCUCCCGCACCUGGAUCGGCAUCUGGUCGGUGCUGUGCUGCGCCUCCACCCUCUUCACCGUGCUCACCUACCUGGUGGACAUGAAGCGCUUCAGCUACCCGGAGCGGCCCAUCAUCUUCCUGUCGGGCUGCUACACCGCCGUGGCCGUGGCCUACAUCGCCGGCUUCCUGCUGGAGGAGCGGGUGGUCUGCAACGAGCGCUUCGCCGAGGACGGCGCCCGCACGGUGGCGCAGGGCACCAAGCGGGAGGGCUGCACCAUCCUCUUCAUGAUGCUCUACUUCUUCGGCAUGGCCAGCUCCAUCUGGUGGGUCAUCCUCUCCCUCACGUGGUUCCUGGCCGCCGGCAUGAAGUGGGGCCACGAGGCCAUCGAGGCCAACUCGCAGUACUUCCACCUGGCCGCCUGGGCCGUGCCUGCCAUCAAGACCAUCACCAUCCUGGCCCUGGGGCAGGUAGACGGCGACGUGCUCAGUGGCGUCUGCUUUGUGGGCAUCAACAACGUGGACGCCCUGCGGGGCUUCGUGCUGGCCCCCUUGUUCGUGUACCUGUUCAUCGGCACCUCCUUCCUGUUGGCCGGCUUCGUCUCCCUCUUCAGGAUCAGGACCAUCAUGAAGCACGACGGCACCAAGACAGAGAAGCUGGAGAAGCUGAUGGUGAGGAUAGGGGUCUUCAGUGUCCUCUACACGGUGCCUGCCACUAUAGUCAUCGCCUGCUAUUUUUACGAGCAAGCCUUUAGGGAACAGUGGGAAAGGAGCUGGGUGGCCCAGAGCUGUAAGAGCUAUGCCAUCCCCUGUCCCAAUAACCACAGCAGCCACCACCAUCCACCCAUGAGCCCUGACUUCACUGUCUUCAUGAUCAAAUAUCUCAUGACCUUAAUCGUGGGCAUCACCUCAGGCUUCUGGAUCUGGUCGGGGAAAACACUCAAUUCCUGGAGGAAGUUCUAUACCAGGCUUACCAACAGCAAGCAAGGGGAAACCACAGUGUGA